CCUUACUUCCACUCUCGUGUUUGCGAAAACAGUAGCUUAUAUUAUUAUUAGACACAACAUUUAAAUGCAGCUUAACCCGUGAACGAGUGUCAACUACAUAAUUAUUUGUACAAUAUUUUACUACAAGAAUGAAUAUAAAAAAUUCAAUAUUUUUGGAAGAUAACGAAGAAUUUCUAUGGGACGAGACGGCUCUUACGACUUUCAAAAAGAAUAUCAAGGAUCAAGGGAUGAAAUGUUGUAUGGAUGAUAUCUUUCUUCUUGGAAUUCUUCGAGCUAGAAAGUUCGAUAUACAAAGAUCUCUUCAAUUGCUUAAGAAUUACUAUACAAUUAGAACAAGCUAUCCUCAAUAUUUUAAGGACCUUCUUCCUUCCAAGUUGGAGCAUGCUUUAUCCUUAAAUUGCAUGCAAUUUCUACCAAAACCCGAUCAGAAAGGAAGAUAUAUAUACAUUUGCCAAUUAGGUAAUUGGGAUACUACCGUAUUAAAUUUAACUGAUUUAUUUCGCGCUUUCAUGCUUUUUAUGGAUUUCCAAUUAAAUUUUCAUCGGACUCAAGUCAAUAGCAUCGUUCUUAUUGUAAAUGCGGAGGGAUUAUCUUUAUCUCAUUUCCUCCAAUUUUCACCAAGACUCCUCAAUUCAAUGAUUUCCAUUGUAUUUAAAGAUUCGUAUCAACUUCGAUACGAGGAAUUACAUUAUGUGAAUUUGAAUAUUAUAAUGAAAGCAAUUUUAAGUAUCAUAAUUCCACUUUUACCACAUAAACUCAAGAGCAGAUUGCAUUUUCACACUGAUAUGGAAACUUUGCACAAAUUCAUCAAACCAGAAUGUCUGCCCAUGGAAUUCGGAGGAAUUUUGCCAACUUUUGAUCCGACUGAAGCCAAUAAUAUGCUUAGAGUUAAUGAAGAAUUCUUUCGUAAGAAUGAAGAGUAUAUCGAACAUUACGAAAUUAGUAGUAGAAAUGUAAUAAAUGGAAGAUUUAAUUAUAUUAGUGAAGAUUACGAAAAUGAUAAACUGAAAGAAUUUAUAGAAAAAUCAGAGAAUAAUUUCAAUUAUUAUUACAAGGAUCCUGAAGGUUUCUUAAAUUCUUUGAAAGAAGAUUCAAAAUGUGACAUUACACACUUUUAAAUUACAUAUAAAUAAAAGGUAAUUUUAAUUUCACAUUUAUACAACAACAUUGAGAAUAAAACUAAGAAAAUCUAGAAGAAAAAUUUUAAAA